AUGCCUGGCCCCCAAUUUUCUGAUCCCACGCGCUUGCGUCGGCGACAGAGACGCACACAUUCCCUUACACUUCAAAGGUGCACGGUCUACUUCAAGUUGCUCCGCAACCAGUCCAUGAUUAUGAAAUUUCGCAUGUUCCUUGGCAAAAAGGGUGACGCAAUUCGGCGAUCGUUAAGAGCCGGCGAGAAACGCAUUUGGAAAUCCAAACGCCGUCCCACUAAAGAGUUUGAAGAACACUGGCAGCAAGAUGGAGUGUUUCAAAAUAUGUUUACCGGGUAUGACAGUCUCAUAUUUCAGUUGUUACGCAGCGACACUACCACCACCUUCCGCCAAGUUUUCAAAGCUAUCGGGGUUUUCUUUGACGAUCACAGGGAUGUUUUUGACAGCUUGUCCUUGGACAUCGAUGAUUUGCCAGAGGACAAGAGAGUCAAGAUUCAAACCCCAGAC